AUGACAGGCAUUAUUCGUCGCAUGCACACCGGAGGCACUAUCGUCAACGGACACUAUGUUCCUACGAUGGACGAAAUGAUGGCAUAUCAAGCAGCUCGCGGCGCAAGGUGGGAAGACAGCGUUACCUAUGGCUACGGCACUGUCUGGUUCUGUCUGGCAAUUCUCGCCAUCUUCUUUAUCGCGCGCUGGCUUGAGAUGAUCACAUCAUGGACAAGGGUCAAUCAAACUCCACAUAUCGUCCCAGAAAAGCUUGUUGCCCUUCUUCGCGUAUGCUCCUAUCCGCGUCUACCCUACUCGAUUGCCCGCAUCGUCAAUGUCGUAUGGACCAUUGGGCCGUUGGGACCCAAUAUUAUGCUGUUCAUCGCACUCUUGUUCACGAGUCUUUACUGCUGGGUCGCCAGGCACUAUUACAGUACACCAUUCUAUGGCAGCCCUCCAUUGGCACUGCGCUCGGAGUGGAUUGCGACUGCCUUGAUACCUUUCGUCUUCGUCCUUGGAGCGAAACGAAAUCUCAUCUCCUGGGUCGUCGGCGUCUCUCACGAAAAGCUUCAAGUGUUUCAUCAAGGAGUCGCGUUCCUGAUUGUGUACAUGUCUCUUGUUCACACAAUCUCGAUGGUCGUUCAAGCGUGCUCCGAACGCCCGUUCCGUGAUGCAUACGUUUCCGAUUAUGUUUGGUGGAGUGGAUUCGCGGCGCUGGGUGCACUCCUUUGGUUGUGGUUAGGAAGCCUGCCAGUGCUUCGCCAUCGUCUCUACGAAGGCGCCUAUCUCUUGCAUAUCGCAGCGGCCAUCAUGUUCAUUGGAUUCUUAUACUAUCAUGGAUUUAGCCUGCUUGAUACCGACUUGUACAUGAAGAUUACUCUGGGGCUCUUCGGCUUUGGAUUCCUCGCCCACUUUGUAUACAUGGUGAUCACCAACGUUCUCUUCAAGCAUCGUGCCCAACUCUCCCUCCAAAACGGCUUCGUACGUGUGACGAUACCGACCAACCUCAAUUGGCGACCUGGGAUGCACAUCUUUGUGCGAUUUCUCCAUAUUCGCCCGUUCGAGUCGCAUCCAUUCACGAUUUCAUCGCUGCCCGGUGCCGACGCGAAAGACGGCUCCAAGAACAACGAACUGGUAUUCCUGGUAAAGAUUGAGUCCGGAUUUACCCACUCUCUGGGUGACUGCGCGGCGCAAGAAGCUCUUACACGCCAGUUCCCCGUCAUUCUCGAUGGUCCAUAUGGAGAGUCAGGCGCCAACACUCUUCGCUCCUACGACAGCGUGCUCCUUCUUGCUGGUGGGAUGGGACUGACGUUUAUUACGCCUAUCCUGUCGGAUCUUGCGCGCUCUAUGAAGCAGAAGACGGGCAUUUGCAAGACGGUGGACGUCGUCCUUUCUGCAAAGCAUCGUGACGUCGUCAGGGCCUGCGAGGCACAGCUGCUUGGAGCCCAGAGUGUGAUUCGCGCGGCGGGAGGUACCAUCGAGUUCUACGUCCACAUUACUGGAGACUCUACCGGCGAAGAGGGACGAGUCGAAAGUCGAGAAUCGGAGAAAGAGGUGGCAUUGGACGACGGCUCUCUCGGCCAAAUCAUUAUCGGACGCCCUGAUAUUGCUGGACUCGUCUCCUCAAGAGCCAUGACCUGGAAUGGGUAUACUGCAGUCGCUGUAUGCGGGCCGCUGUCUUUCCUGACGAGCGCGUCAAACGCGGUCGCAAGGGCUCAGUGGGACAUUCUUCGAGGGCGGGCGACAUGCAAGGAGAUGUUUCUUCGGUCAGAGACAUUUGGGUGGUAA